UGGGUUCGAACCACUUUUUGCUUACUGGGCGUUGAAGGUCAUUAAAGGUUGGACAAGUCAGUGGUUUUUGGCGUUGAGAUCCAGCUUCACGUUUCCUUCAGUAACAGACAGUGAACACUUUGUGGAAAAUGGGUCGUCGAUUCUGCGUUGGAGGCAACUGGAAGAUGAAUGGCGACAAGGCCACCAUCACUGAGAUUUGCAAGAACCUCUCCUCUGGCCUGGAUCCCAACACUGAGGUCGUGGUGGGCUGUCCGGCACCCUACCUGCAGUUCGCCAGGUCCUUGCUGCCUGCUAGCGUCGGCGUGGCCGGCCAGAACUGCUACAAAGUGGCCAAAGGCGCCUUCACUGGCGAAAUCUCGCCGGCGAUGCUGAAGGACGUUGGCGCGGAUUGGGUCAUCAUUGGCCACUCCGAGAGACGUACAAUCUUCGCCGAGAAGGACGACCUGAUAGCCGAGAAGGUAACUCACGCCCUGGCCGAGGGACUCAAGGUGAUCGCGUGCAUCGGCGAGACGCUGGAGGAGCGCGAGGCUGGCCAGACUGAGGCUGUCGUCUUCCGGCAAACCAAGGCUCUCGCGGGAGCCAUCAAGGACUGGACAAACGUUGUCAUCGCCUACGAGCCCGUGUGGGCCAUCGGCACGGGAAAGACUGCCACGCCUGAGCAGGCUCAGGAAGUCCACCAGGCGCUGCGCAAGUGGAUCUCCGAGAACGUCUCCGGCGCCGUGGCGGAAGCCGUUCGCAUCCAGUACGGAGGUUCCGUGACGGCCGGAAACUGCCGAGAGUUGGCCUCCAAGCCUGACAUCGACGGAUUCCUGGUCGGCGGAGCGUCUCUGAAGCCUGAGUUUAAGGACAUCGUCAACGCCAGACAAUAAGAAAGCAAAUCAUAAUCGAGAUUCACACGGAUUUAACUGUGCAAAGCAUAAUCACUACAAGUGAAUUUGGAGAAUAAAAGUUGAAUGUUUCAGUAAAA